GCCGAACUUCAAGUGGCCGCGCAGCGCAGCGCGGAGACCCAGGCCGGCGCGAACCUGCAGUUGAGCUUUCAACACGGGAAGGAGUUCGGCUGCGGACUGGAGGAAGUGCCGGCUUUGCCUAAUGAGGCGGAGCCGGAAAACGCUGCUGAACAGACCGAGGCUGUAGCGGCCGCUGCCUCAUCGACAGAGGCAGAAGGCGAGUCGCCGCAG